AUGAAUAUACUCGAUUUACCUGACGAAAUCUUAAUUUCUAUAUUCAAUAAAUUGAAUAAUGUCUAUAUACUUUAUUCACUUGUGGAUGUAAAUCAACGAUUUAAUCGAUUGUCAUUAAGUUCUCUCUACAUUCAUGAUCUUGAUGGACGUUUCAUUUGUUUAUCAACAUUGAUCAUCAAUAUAGAAACAAUUUCUAUUUCAAUAUCAGAUAUAGAGAAAAUGAAACAACUUUCCAAAUUGAAAUGUUUUUCAUUGAGUUCGAUUAAACCAACAAUUUAUUAUGAUGAACUCAUUGUUCCAUUACUUCGUCAAAUGUCAAAUCUCGAAGAACUAACAUUAUUUCUUAUCAUAAAAAGAUUUAAUUCGACUUAUAUCGAUGGUAUUCAAUUAUAUGAUCAAAUUCUUAUUCAUAUACCACAACUAAAUAAAUUUACUUUCAGUAUAAAUACUUUACUUUAUAAUAGUGUCAAUAUUAGUCUUCCUUCGAAUAAUGAUAUUCAACGUAGUUUUAUCGAAAGAAAAUAUCAACAAGUUGGUUCAUAUGCUGAUGAUAAUCUAAUGAAGGGUGAAGCUCAAUGUCAUAUCUAUUCAUUACCAUAUCAAUUCGAUAAUUUUCAUUAUUUGAACAAUUCAUUUCAAGGUGGUAGAUUUGAAAAAGUUAAAUGUAUAAAAAUGACUGAUAUACGACCUUUUGAACAUGAAUUUUUCAAAAUUAUUUCUCAAUCUUUUCCUUUACUUCAACAUUUAUCUGUGAAAAACGAUGAACAACAGAAAAAUAAACAACAUUUAUCUAAUACAUUGAUUAUAUUUCCUCAUCUUCGUAGUCUUCAUCUUAUACUUGCACAUAUUGAUUACGUUGAAGAUUUUCUUAUGAAAAAAACUACUCAUCUACCUUGUUUGCUAUAUCUCAAAAUUAAAUAUGAACAACUGCUCAUCAUAACAAAUAAUUUUACCAAUAAUUCAAUAGAAUUCAAUUUUUCUCAAUUAAAAGUUCUUUCUAUAGUUGAACCAUUUGUUCGUCCAGAAAAUUUUCAUUCGUAUUUUCCUCAAUUACAGAUAUUAUAUUCUUAA